CCCGGUGCCAAGCUGGAGGCGGCAGAGGCAACAGUGCAUGGCAAGGAGGGCUGUCCACCGGCUCCCCGCUGCCCACUACGGGGAUGGAGCCCUAGGCAGCCGCCGUGCUGCCCCUGCCCUGGCGAGGCUCACAGCCUCUCCCUGCACAGAAGCCCUGGGCUGCCGAGCAGCCUCUCUCCUCACACCCCACCAGGCCCUGGGGGCACAGGGCGACUGAAGACCUGGGACCAUGGUGGGACUGAAGCCCUCAGACGUGCCCCCCACAACAACCGUGAAGUUCCUGGGGGCGGGCACCGCGGCCUGCUUUGCUGACCUCCUCACCUUUCCGCUGGACACCGCCAAGGUCCGCCUGCAGAUCCAGGGAGAGAACUCAGCGGCCCUGGCGGCUCAGAGCGUGCGGUACCGCGGCGUGCUGGGCACCAUCCUGACCAUGGUGCGCACCGAAGGCCCGCGCAGCCCCUACAACGGGCUGGUGGCCGGCCUGCAGCGCCAGAUGAGCUUCGCCUCCAUCCGCAUCGGCCUCUACGACUCCGUCAAACAGUUCUACACCCCCAAGGGGGCGGACCACUCGAGCGUAGUUAUCCGGAUUCUGGCGGGCUGCACCACGGGAGCCAUGGCGGUGACUUGUGCCCAGCCCACGGACGUGGUGAAGGUCCGAUUCCAGGCUAGCGUGCAGCUUGGGCCUCGCAGCGACAGGAAAUACAGCGGGACUAUGGAUGCCUACAGAACCAUCGCCAGGGAGGAAGGCGUCAGGGGCCUGUGGAAAGGAACUUUGCCCAACAUCACGAGGAACGCCAUUGUCAACUGUGCCGAGAUGGUGACCUAUGACAUCAUCAAGGAGAAGCUGCUGGAUUCACACCUGUUCACAGACAACUUCCCCUGCCACUUUGUCUCUGCCUUUGGAGCCGGCUUCUGCGCCACAGUGGUGGCCUCACCAGUGGACGUGGUGAAGACUCGGUAUAUGAACUCCCCUCCAGGCCAGUACCUCAGCCCCCUGGACUGCAUGCUGAAGAUGGUGGCUCAGGAGGGCCCCACCGCCUUCUACAAGGGAUUCACACCCUCCUUUUUGCGUUUGGGAUCCUGGAAUGUGAUGAUGUUCGUAAGCUAUGAACAGCUGAAGAGGGCCUUGAUGAAAGUCCCCGUGCUACGGGAACCUCCGUUUUGAACGAGCCCCAGGCGGCCACUUGGUACUUAACAACUUGUACGGAGCCAGUCAAGAAUGGAACAAAGCAGUGGAUCUAGGGGCAGGGACCCCAGCGCAAACACUGUUUACAGAACUGUUCAAGAGGUAGAAGUAGAAGGGGGAAGGGUACUGAUCUUCAGUGCUUUUCUUAAGAACACCUUUAUUUGGCACUGACAAGAUGGAGAAUAAAUUAUAUUAAUUUUUGAAACUCAUUAGAUUGGAUGCCUAACAUUUAGGCAGAAGAAGAUAAACCAAAACAGAUCCAUUUGGAUACAAUGGAAGUUUGCAAACCUGUGUACCCUGGACAAUCUAAGAGAUGAUGGAUUACAGAGAAGGAAGACUGCUGGGACAGGAGUAGCCCACAAUUCAGUUGAAAAUCAGCCACAAAGUCUAGAUGCCAACACAGAGCUGUGACUGCAGCCGUGACCAUCGCAUAUGGAGCACCUGUCUGUGUAAUGUAUUUAUCAAGUAGAAUCAUUGGGAUUCUAGGAAAUGUGGGAAAACCUUGAACUUGUGCCAAAGAAGCCCCACUGUGUCUGUGUGAGGCUGAGGCUUGUAAAGAUUCUCCGAGGACAUUGAAGAAUCAAGGUGGCAGCCUCAGCCUCCUGUCCUGUGAACUGGGACUAAUAAUACCUCCCCCCACUGCCUCCCAGGGUGCUCUGAAGAUUGCAUGGGAAGCUGGGCGUGAAAGCACUUUAAACCAAACACCAGUUAAGAUAAGAUGCCGGCAUCCUACAUCAGAGUUAGUGGGUUCAAUCCCCAGCUCUACCUGAUGACUCCAGCUUCCUGCUAAUGCAGACCCUGGGAGGCAGUGAUGAUGGAUCAAGUAUUUGGGUCCUGCCACCCAUGUGAGAGACCUGGAUUAAGUUCCUGGCUCCCAGCUUCAGCCUGCGCAGUCUUGACCAUUUGGGCAUUUGUGGAGGGGAGUGAAAUAGCUGAUGGGAGCUCUCUGUAUCUCAAAAGAAAAAAAAAUCAAAAUCUCUGUGUGAAUAUAAAUGAGGGUACUUCAAGAAGCACCAUGGAAAAGUGGAUUUAAAAUAUAAAUUUAUUUUGGUGCAAAAAAUUUUGAAAUAUAUGCAUAGCUUUUUCAUAAUACGCAUUUUUCAUGAACUUUGUGAAGUGCCCACGUGUAAGGACAAAGCCUUGGGACACAUUUUGUCAGGACAGAGGGAAAUUGCCAGCAAAGAUGUUUUGGAAAGACACAGAUGCCUAGAGGUGACACCAAAGGAAAUAGGAGGCCGGCGCCGCGGCUCACUAGGCUAAUCCUCCGCCUAGCGGCGCCGGCACACCGGGUUCUAGUCCCGGUCGGGGCGCCGGAUUCUGUCCCGGUUGCCCCUCUUCCAGGCCAGCUCUCUGCUGUGGCCAGGGAGUGCAGUGGAGGAUGGCCCAGGUGCUUGGGCCCUGCACCCCAUGGGAGACCAGGAAAAGCACCUGGCUCCUGGCUCCUGCCAUCGGAUCAGCGCGGUGCGCCGGCCGCAGCGCGCCAGCCGCGGCGGCCAUUGGAGGGUGAACCAAAAAGGCAAAAGGAAGACCUUUCUCUCUGUCUCUCUCUCUUUCACUGUCCACUCUGCCUGUCAAAAAAAAAAAAAAAAAAAAAGGAAAUAGGGCCGUGGAGGGCUGGGGAGAACAGCAGAUGAUGGCGGGAAGUUGCGGGAGCCCACCCCCAUGCAGCCCCUGCUCCCUGGCUCAAUCGUGAGAUACCUUGAAGGGUUGUGGGGCUUGGGGAGCCGGGUGGGUGCCCGGCUGAGUGCCUGGGGUAGCAGGACUCAGGUUUUCUGGAAAAUGACGAUGACUCAAUAAAGGAAGUCACACCUCAGGUGUGGGAUUGAAAA